GGUAUGUCCGUUGCCAACUCUUCUGGUGACGUUCGGCGUCAACCUGAAAGACUAUCUUGCGUUGUGCUGGGGACUGUUAGGUCUACGAUCUCAAGUCUCGUACCUUGAUUAUGUUUUCUACGCCUAGUAACCAUGGAUAUUACAUUAUAUUUAUCGUCCUGUUUCAGACCGCAGCUAGUAGAGGUGUUAUCAAGUCACUCGUACCCGGCUCAGAUUCAAAGACGUAGUCCUCCCAAUAUCGCUGUUCAGGGGUAUUUACAAUCAUAUUUAACCAUUGGUACAUCCCCAUACGUGGGACGAUCAACCGCUUCUGGAGAUCAGCGGGCACCAUCUGAAUCUCCAUACCGCUAACAGUUGUUCAGCCUAGACUAGAAUCUCCUUCCAAACUCGUCAACCAGACCGCCAGAAUCGGGGGCCAUUCGGGGAUCCCCG